AUGGUUUUGAUGGCAGUUGUAAAUGCUAAUUAUGAGUUCAUAAUAUACGAAUUUGGUGUGAAUGGGAGAAUUUGUGAUGGAGGUGUUAUAGAGCAAACAAUAUUUUACAACAAAUUAAAAGAAAAUACAUUACAAAUUCCAGUCUUUGAUCGCCUCAGUGGUUCAGAUAAAAUGCUUAGUGAUGUGUUUAUUGGUGUUGAAGCUUUUGCCUUAGCGCCACAUUUCUUAAAACCGUUUAAUCAAAGAGAAUUAACAAAUGAACGCAAAAUAUUCAAUUACCGCCUGUCAAGGACAAGGCGAGUUGUAGAAAAUGCCUUUGGUAUUUUAGCUAACAGAUUUCCAAUUUUCCAUACCACUAUUAAUUUAAAUCUAAAAACUGUAUAUAUCAUUGUCAUGACAUAUUGUGUACUCCAUAACUUUUUGAGAAGUAAAUAUGCUUCAACCUAUACUCCCAUUGGAAGCUUAGACGAUGACAAUAGGAAUGGUUUAAGAACAGAAGAUUCUAAUCUCAUUGAUAUGCAGAGAUAA